AAUAUACAUAUUUAUAUGUAUGUAUAUAAACAAAUUUAAAUCCAUUAAUAUAUGAAUUAUAAGUAAAAUUAAAAUAUUAAUAUUUAUAGUGCAAAGACCUUAAUGCUCAUUUGUGUUUAUAAUAAACUUUAUGUCAGUCUUGUCAGCUAUCUAAUAAAAAAUAUAAUUUAAACAAAUCAUAUAUAUAUAUAUAUAUGUGUAUAUAUACAUAUGUAUAUAUAUAUAUAUAUAGGAAGUCAUGUUUAUCAGAUUGACCACAUAACCUUAAAAAUGAAAAUUUCAUACGAGCUACAAUAGAUCAAUUUAUAGAUUUUUCAAUCCAUUAUAUUAGUGAUAGAUUUAUAAAUGUACGAAAUAUCUUUUGAAUUAACAAUUCUUUAAAAUGAUCGAAGUGAAGUGUAGACAUUGCCGUAAAAAUCUUUUUCAAAAUGAAAGUUUUACAUUGCUUACAUCUCAUAAUGAAGAUAAAAGUAAUAUUCAACAUGCAGGAUGUGAUGACAAUUUUAUUGAACAUUUUUUAUAUAUGUCCACGGAAAAUUUGCCAAUAUGGAUACAAGAAAUAAUUGAUCAAACAUCCUGGACGAAAGGAAGAUUAAAUUGUCCAUUUUGCAAUAAUCGAUUAGGAUCGUUUAAUUUGAUAAUUGAUACAAAAUGUAAUUGUGGUACAUGCAUAGUACCUCCUAUUAGAUUAAUUCAAAGCAAAUUAGAUAUAUUAAAUUUGGAAAUAUCUAAGUAAGUAAAGAGUUUUUAAAAUGAAAGAAUGAUUACAAAGAAAGGUGACGUUUAAAUUAAUAGUUGCAACAUAUGAGAAUGAAAUAUCUUUAUUGUAUUAUUGAAACAAUAAUGUUUUUUUCUGUAAUCUUUGGAAAAAUAUAUGUUUACAUCAUAGCGAGCAGAAUGCAUGUAAAAAUAGAAAAUAAGUUUAUUAUCAUCAUUGUAUUUUUUAAAUUAUUAAAUUAUUAUCUAGAAUUCCUUAUAAUAUUUAUAAAUCGGCAUCUUAUUAUCAUCAUGCAUUUUAAAUAAUUAUAUUUUCAACAUAUCAUUUUAUCUUUCUUAUUUUUAUAUAUUCUGAAUAAUUUAAGUAUUUGCAUUAAUUACAGAUGUUAUUACAUAAUAGGACAUUUUCUUAAUUAUUCUAAUCUUUGUUAUUGUAGUUAUUAUUUAAUCGUUACAUCAAGUGAAGUGAUGCAUUGCAAUUCCCAAACUAACUAAGAUAGGAAGAUUGUAAUAAUAUCAGUAUUCUAUUAUCAUAGUGUUCCAAAGUUGUAUAUAACAGAGAAAUUAUAUACUUGCAUUUGCAAGUGUAUAUGUUUUAUAGAUACAUGUAUAUAUAUAUAUAUAUAUAUACACACAACACUUAUCAGCUACAC